AUGCAAUUGCCUGGAACGAAGCAAACUCAGGUUGAUAGCACCGUUGCGUCGAAUCCCGUGGGAUUUGGAGUACCUCGGUGUCUGGGGUGGAUAGCUCCGGAAAGCUCUGAGCUAGACGUGAUCGAGCUGGUCUACGAAUACCCACAGGCCACAACGCAACGUCCCGUCUCCCUUCACACGCUCCUCCAGCGCCUACAAUCAAGCGAUCGUCCCUCCCUCAGCGCUCGAUUCAAGCUAGCGCUCCGCUUGGCUCACUAUUACGCCAGCUUCAUCUCCGUCGGGUAUUUCCACAGAGGUUUGCACAGUCAUAACGUCUUCUUCUUUAACGAUACGCUCGACCCGUAUAUCGUUGGAUGCGCGGAGUCCCGGCCGGUGAUCAUUUCCCAACAUUCGUCUCUCCUCUCAGAUGUGAUCGAGGAUCGAGAGCUGUACGUGCCUUGGGAGACGGUUAUGGCGAUGGAGGAGACUGAUCCUUCGAAGCGGACACGCUGGAGUGCGGCCGCAGACAUCUACGGCCUGGGAGUAAUACUCGUAGAGAUUGGGAGGUGGAGCUGCGCAAAAAAGACCUGGGACGCGGCGAGCUUGUAUGACUUUCAUCAAACUAUUCUGAGAUUCUCCCUCGCUUGGUCGAUGAACUCGGGUACCAGGUGGGAGACAUAUAUCGAGAAGUGGUACGGGCCUGUCUCACGCGCAGGUAUCAUCGGCUUAAGCGUCGCUGUGGAAUUAUCCAAACGUGGCUACGGCCCACAUGUCACGGUGGUAGCGGAGCAUCUUCCAGGCGAUAAAACUAUUCAUUACACGUCGCCUUGGGCUGGCGGAAACUUCUCUGGUAUCUCCGGCAGCGAUAAAAAUGCCCUGCAUUGGGAUCGACUAGGUUAUUUGACCAUGAUGGACUUGGGGGAUAGAGGUGCCGAAGAGGCGAAAUAUCUCUCGAAGACGGCGUCGACAGAGUAUUGGGAUGAGAUGCCCUCGAAGGAUAAGAUUCAGAGUAUUGUGGAGUAUCUGCGUGAUCCCGUUCAAAUUCCCAAGAGCGAGCUCCCAGACGGAGUGUCCUUCGGCAUCCGAUUCACCACAAUCACAAUCAACGCACCAGCCCACUGCCAGCACCUCCAGAACCUCUUGUCCAAGCCGCAAUCCGGAGGCGUGCGCUUCGAGCGCCGCAAAAUCGCCUCCCUAGCCGACGCAUUCCUCUCGCCGGCGACAAAAAUCGUCUUCAACUGUAUCGGCAACGCGGCUGCCUCGUUUCCCGGCGUGAUGGACUCCAAAUGUUAUCCGACCCGCGGACAGAUCGUCCUGGUCAAGGCGCCUUCUGUCAGGCAGAAUAUCAUGCGUCAUGGAAAGGAUUACGAGACGUAUGUCAUUCCAAGGCCGCUCUCUGAUAGCACGGUCGUUCUGGGUGGAUACCUGCAGAAAGGCAACUCGGAUAGUCAGGUCAGGUCGCAUGAGACGGAGUCGAUUCUGAAGAGGACUGGGGAGUUACUGCCGGUGCUGAAGAAUGGGGAGACGCAGAUCCUGGGAGAGGCGGUGGGAUUUCGGCCGUCAAGGGAAGGUGGAGCGAGAGUGGAAUUGGAGCAGAUGAAGGAUGGAGGAAAGAUCGUGGUGCAUAAUUAUGGCGCUGGAGGGACAGGGUUUCAGGCUGGGUUGGGGAUGGCGAAGGAUGCGGUGGAUUUGGCCGAUGGGAAGUUGAGAGAGAUCAAGGGGAAGAGCCGACUGUGA